GCAGCUCAAGCUUGGUCUACUUACUUGAGCGUAGGGGAGUUGGGAACGAGCUCACUAACAUACACACUCACACACAGACUGACUGCGAGUUUGAACUAUUUUUUUUUAUAUUACAUUCAAUCGAUUUUUGGAGGGGGUCUUCCAGGUUUAAUUAUUUUGAUCCGUAUUAUACUUUUGUAUAAAAUGUAUUGAAUACGGAAACUUGCAGACGAGAGGAGGCGGGUUCACACAGGCGUGCAGAGGAGGGUGGAUUUACGUCGUUGGACGCACACGCGUUUUCUCUGCUGGCUUUCUCGCAAAGCUUGUCAUGAGUGGCUUACUGGCUUGUGCUCCAAGCUUGUAGCUACUGUCAGACAGCAAGGAAGUUAUGCAGCCAGUGCUCUGAAGACGCAUGUCUUUUCAGUGUACUGUCGAGUAUGAAUCCAGGAAGCACGCCUACCGCAACAUAAAUAAGACAAGUCUUUUAAACAAAUCAAGAAAAUGGCAUUCCAGAUUAACCGUCAGCUCCAGAAUCAGUCUCUGCAGUAUUGAGUGGAAGAUGAUCGAGAUGUCAGUGGACAAAGAGACUGUUUUAGCUGGUGAUGGAAGAGGGGACCCCAUGACGCAUCAGCAACCCCAACAGCUCGCAGAAUGUACUGGAAGCUGCACUAAUGCCCCCAAAGCUUUGGUGGCCACAUCUGGUAGUUUGGAAGAUGGCACCGCCUGCAGUGUAGCCGCUUUCUCUGGCAGUGUGGUCCUGACAGAGCAGCUGACCAAUGAUUCAAAUUCUUCUGGGGGCUGCAGCCGCACUGAAAGCAUGGGCCUGGGGCCCCGGAACCAUUUUCGCCCAAAAAACGGGCUGCAACAACAACAACAACAACAACAACAACAACAACCACAGCAGCAGAAAAUGAACAAGCGCCGCUACAGCAUGAAUGUGGGUUUCAAGCACCCAGGGUUUAGCAAGAGGAGGCGGCGGGCUAACUCCGAGAGUGACCCAGUCUUACCGACCAACUUCCUGCUGGGCGGGAACAUCUUUGACCCACUCAAUCUGAACAGCUUGCUGGACGAGGAAGUGAACCGGGCCCUGAAUGCCGAGACACCAAAGUCUUCGCCGUUGCCUGCUAAGAGUCGUGAUCCCGUGGAAAUACUCAUUCCCAAAGACAUCACAGACCCUUUAAACCUUAACAGCACUGGUGGGGACAGUAAUAUCCUUGUGUCGCCUUUGAAGAGCGGGGGGAGGAAGAGACAUCGUAACCGGCAUCAUGGAGGAGGAGGAGGGGGCAUGGCAACUGCACAGCUUGACCUCUCUUUGUCUGAGAAGAGCAAGCCGGGUGAGGGGUGUGCUGCCGCAGCUGGAGGGGCGUCCUUGCCAUCACUGCCUGCACCCAGGGAUCCAGCAGCAGCAAGUGUGGUUCCCGAGGCCCCCAAGGCGGGUGCUGUUGUCCUCCUCACACCUGUUCCGGAGUCCCCUCGCCCGUAUGAGCUCAACACCUCCAUCAACUGCCGUGACGAGGUCGUGCCGCCCAUCCUGCCACGCAGCCAGUCGCACGUCGCGACGAGCACCAGCCUCCAGUCUCAGACGCAAGGCGCGGCGAAUUCAGCCCCCGUCACGUCCUCAUCCACCCAGCAGCUUCCUCCGGCCCGGCAUCGCAAGCGCAGGCGCACGUCCAGCAAGUCCGACUCCUCCGUCACCCCCACCCCGUCGGCUAAGAAGGGGAGCGUGGACAGGGGCCGAGGACCUGGUUCAGGGAAGCGACCUCAAACCUUCCAUACACCGAUCGGGGGUGGGGGAGCAGGGAGCCUCCCUGCCAGCGGUAGGUUUGGACACCAGCAGCCUCGGAAUCGUCGCAAGCAGCAGAAGUUCCAGUAUGGCAACUACAAUAAGUAUUAUGGCUAUCGCAACCUCGGUCUGAGUGAGGACCCACGUCUGCGUGUGCUGAAGCCAGAGUGGUUCCGGGGGAAAGCAGUGCUAGACCUGGGCUGCAACACGGGCCACAUGACCCUCACCAUCGCCACCAACUGGCACCCUGCCCGCAUCCUAGGGCUGGACAUCGACGGCGGGCUGGUUCACGCAGCGCGCCAGAACAUCAGGCACUACCUGUCGGAGCUGCAGGCGCAAGAGGCCCGACGUUCCGCGGCGGGGUGGCAGGCAAAGGAGGGGACUGGAAUUAAAACCCAGGAGGGCGGAUGGAAGGAUGAGAAGAAGCACAGGAUCCAGGAGCAGAAAGCAAAGUUGACUGAAAAGGGAGGAAACAAAAUGGAGGGCAAACGGGAAGCAGGACUGAAGCAAGAAGCGGUUACGCCAAUGGACACUCUCCCCUCAGAUCCCAGAAAAAGGAGAGGUUCAGGGAAGGAGACGAAGGCAGGAAAGGGGGGACUGACAGAAGGUGCUUUGGCUACUCGAGUGCCUCUUGGUGUAGGCCGGCCAUUUCCUAUUUCACUGCGGAUCUGUAGGGGCCCUAUUGCAGCACCCCCCCUUCUACACACCAUCCCUGGGGACUUCCCUGCCAAUGUCUCCUUUGUCAAGGGAAACUACGUCCUGGAGAACGACACACAGCUACACACCCAGCAGCCCGAGUAUGAUGUCAUCCUGUGCCUGAGCAUGACCAAAUGGGUGCAUCUGAACUGGGGCGAUGGCGGGGUGCAGCGCCUCUUCAAACGGGCCUUCAGGCACCUGCAGCCUGGCGGGAUCUUCAUUCUGGAGCCGCAGCCAUGGGCCUCGUACGGAAAGAGGAAGAGGCUCACGGAGACCACCUAUAAGAAUUACUACAAUAUCCGUUUCAAGCCAGAUCGGUUCACCUCCUACCUGACAUCAGAAGUGGGCUUUUCCAGCUAUGAGCUCAUUGGCACUCCUAAGAGCUCUUCCAGAGGAUUUCAGCGGCCGAUCUACCUGUUCCACAAAGGACCGUCUUGCUCAAGGAAAUGACUCAUUUCGAAGAUGAGCGAACAUGCAACCUGAAAAGAAUCAAGACUUCAUUCAUCCACCUAUAUCUGAAAAGCCAGCAUAACCUUUUUUUUUUUGAUGGAUAUUUUUAACUUUUGAAAAACGCAAUGG